AGUGGUAUUUUAAGUGUGAACAAGUGUAAAUCAAGGAUGACAGACAAUGAAAAUAAACGUGUAUUAAAAUUAAACAAUUGUUAAGCAUUCAUUAAUUAAAUAAAAGCCGGUCGGUGAAAAUAAUGAAACUAAAACGGCAACGACAAUUCAUGUAAAUUGUGUUUUGAAAAGUGUUUUUGUAAAAAUUAUUAAAUAAGUAAACGAUUAAAAUCUAACAACUGUUGUGUAUUAAAAAAAAAAAAAACAAGCAGGUCGCUAAAAAAAAGAACUAAGCUAAAACGAAAACUCUUCGUGUGAAAUUGGUUUAAUAUAGGAGUUUACAUAAAUUAUUAAUUAGGUAUAAUGUUUAUAAUGUGAAAUUGUAUAUUGAAAUUAUAAGAUAAACAAUUCUGUUUUUCUGUUUUCCAUUCUAUAUUUCUUAUUUACUUUUCAGUUUUUUUUUGUAUAUUGCAAAAAUUAUACUCUCACUUUUCAUGGCGUUAUCAGUGAAAAAGCAAUGAAAGAAGAAAUACAAAUACAAAUAUUAGCCAUUAAAAAGUAACAAAUACAAGAACAAUUCUUUCGCACAAAACAAAAAACGAGAUAAAAAAAGAAAAUAAGCGGCAAAAAAUUAUAUUCACACAAAAUUUAUAAAAAAAAAAAUAAUAAAUAACGAGUAUAGUGUUGCCAUAGUUUGUGUAAAUAAAAAAUAACGGUUUUAACAGUCGCUUUGUAAGAAACAGACCAAUAAGAUAAUUCUUAUUGGAAAAGUGGUUUCAAAUUUAAUGACUUAAAUAAGAAUUUGGUGUAUAAUUUGGAUAUACAAAUUUGCUCAUAAUCUGGCGUAAAAAAAUUAAAAUAUAAAUUGGAUUAAAGUAUAAAAUUGUUGAAAGAUGUUGUAACACAAUAUGGAAUUAGCGAUUUGUAAAACUGAAUUACCAUCUAAUAAAUUUAUGUUGCCCACCACAACAUCAACGGCUUCGUUCUAUGACAAAUCCCAUCAUCAUCUGCCACCAACGGCUCAUUUUAAUGACAUUUUAACUUUUCCCUCAAACUAUUUAUUUAAUAAAAGCUCUUCAUCAUCAGCAUCGUCAUCAUCAUCAUCGCCUUCAAUAAAUACAACAAAUAAUUGUGAUAAUUUUAAUAUUCCCUCAUCCACCUUAACGGGUACGACUUCUUCAACAAUGCGUCUGAAAAAGAAUCGUAAAGUCACAUUUUUAUCCAAUUUAAUUGAGACCAAAAAUAUCUUCAUUAAAGAAGAACCAGUUGAUGGCAGCAAAGAUUUACCACCACCUAUCUGCAGUAUAUCUGAUAUAUCAGAUCAUGAAGCGUCAUUGGAUGUUCCCACACAAAUACCUCCUUUAACGCCUGGUACAAAUCGAAAAGUUGCCGAGGUGCUAAAAGCCUCUUUUGCUUCUUGGGAAAAAGAGGUACAGAACUGCAAUAUAACCAAAGAUCCCCGCCAAUGGACUGAAGAACAUGUUAUAUAUUGGCUAAAUUGGGCAAUAAAAGAAUUUUCAUUGGUUUCUAUGAAUCAUGAACCGUUUUUAAAAAUGAAAGGACGUGAUAUAAUUGAAUUAGGAAAAGAUAAAUUUUUAGCCAUAACACCAGCAUUUACCGGCGACAUACUAUGGGAACAUUUAGAUAUAUUACAAAAAGAUUGUGAAAGACCCUCGGAGGAUUGUCAGGUUGUAAAUACAAAUAAUUCAUAUGAGGCAGGAACAACAACUGGAUCAUCAUCAGUCUGUGGAUCAGACCAUCAAGUAGGAUUUAGUAGUAAUAACAGUAGUAAUAAUGUCAAUACAAACAACAGCAACAAUAACAAUACAAAUUCAACAAACUCCACUAACAACAACAGCAGCAGCAAUAAUACAAACAACAAUCGUUUAUCACCACAUGAUUUUUCAACAACAACAUCAUCAGCCGCCUCUCCAUCAACAUCAGCAGCGGUAACAAUAACAACAGCAGCAACAAGUGAUAAAACAGCAACAACAUUUCAUACAACAUCAUCAACAACAACAUCGUCAGCAGCAGCGACAACGUUAACAACACCAGGAGUACAGCAACAUCACAGUGGUUAUUCAACUCCUCAUGAUCGCAAUAAUAGCCCGCCACCUCAACAGCAGCAGCAGCAAUCGCAAACUGCUGCCAAUACAGCCAUGUUGCCACCAGCUCAAACACAAAACUCCACAUCCUCUAAUGCCAAUAACAAUAGCAAUAACAGUGCUUCAGCCCUUUCGCCCAAUAGUGCUAAUAGUAAUAAUAAUAACAACAACAAUAAUAAUGGUGCCAAUCUCAAUUUUCUGCAAAUGACCAUGAGAAACCCAGCCGCUGCAUUCUAUACACAACAUACCAUGAAAGAGGAGCCCGGUACUCAAUCCGCCUAUGGAAAUCUAAGUGCCAAUAACAAUCAAACAGAUCCCACAGAUUUGUCCGGGUUCGGUUUACCCGCCAGUAUGACCAAAACAUCAGCAGCCAGUUACGAUGACAAUGAUUAUCAUAACAGCAUGUCGUCACAGGAUCAUCAGAGCCAAGCAAGCUAUUUAGACGGUAGUUCGCCGGAUUUCUAUGGUCUAAAUGGUGUGGAACAGAAAUAUACAGACUAUGGUCGUUCAAGGUUUCACAAUUCCUACCCGCCAGAGUUUUCCUCCUACGAUACAUCACAAUUCCCCUCAAUGGCUGCGGCCGAUCAAUGGGGUGUCCAUCAUGGUAAUCAACAUCAUGCCGCCUAUCUGUCUACCAUGAGUCUGGAUAAGGCUUUAUUGGGUAGUUAUCCCUCACAGGGUGGUGUUCCCUGUUUCCAAGGCUCUGGACCCAUACAACUGUGGCAAUUUUUGUUAGAACUUUUAAUGGAUAAAAAUUGUCAGGGUUUUAUUUCCUGGACUGGUGAUGGUUGGGAAUUCAAAUUGACAGAUCCUGAUGAGGUGGCUCGUCGUUGGGGUAUACGCAAGAAUAAACCAAAAAUGAACUAUGAAAAGCUGAGCAGAGGCCUACGUUAUUAUUACGAUAAGAAUAUUAUACACAAAACCGCUGGUAAACGUUAUGUCUAUCGUUUUGUUUGUGAUCUACAAAAUUUAAUUGGUUAUUCACCCGAAGAAUUGUGUGCUAAAUAUGACCUCAAAACUGAAAAGAAAGAUGAUGAUUAGAAUUUUUCUUUAGAACAUAAGACGUGCAGCAACAGACUUUAACAAAAACAACAACAACAAAAUGGUGGAUUCUUCCAAAUGUGCUUAAAAGUAAAUUUUCAACUACUCUACUACUACACUCAGCAAAAAGUAACCCAACAAACAAUAUAAAAAAAAUACACACUAAAACAUACAUUAAAGAAAUUCUGUUCUUUUUCUAUCAAUUACUCACAUAAUAAUAAUCUUUUAUUUUUUGUUAAAGAUAAAAUAGUAAAAACAUUUAAUAAUUUUUAAAUGCAUAUAUAAAAAAAAACGUGAUGUAAUUUUAUAAGUUUAUUUUU